GCAGUGAGGACAAACUGUGAAAUUGACCUCAUCACAUGCUCUUGCUUUUUGUUGAUGUGCAUCAAUUUCAAUUGCAUUGAGUUAGAAUUUAUUUUUGAUUGAUGUGACGAAAGGAAGGAUUUUUUCCAUUAAGGAGAUAUAAAAAAUGUUGUACAUCUGUAUAAAGCUUAGUGGGGAACAAUCUGUAAUAUAUCAUACAUAUUACAUUAUUUCUAAAUGAGUUAAUUAACUUGAAACACUAUACAAAGUAUUAUAUGAAUUCAACUUAUUCAAUAUGUAUAUUUCAUUGUACGAAUACUAUUUUCUUAUGUCAUUGGUUAUUCUUCCUGUAUAUCUCUUCUUCAAGCUUUGGUCAUGGCUUGGAUGGGAAUUGUUCGUAAAUAAUUAAAAUUUUAAUACUUGUACAACUUAAAGAGUGUUGCAAAUUUUAUCUUGGUGUGCAUAUAUGUAUACAUGCAAGGCUAAUCUUUGGUAAAUUAUCAUGAUGCCAAGUUAUCAUGAUCUCUAGUUAUGCCUUCUUGUUAAAUUAUUCUUAAACAUAAAUAAAGUUUUUGUAAUCUAUACCAAAAUAAAAUCUGUUAAAAUUAA